AUGCUUCCCAACUUUAGAGCGAUUUUCUACCGUCAUCAACCCUUGGCCACUGUGAGCGCACUUUUUGGAAGCUUGGUAGCCAUCUCCGCCACGGAGAGCAGCCGUGGUGUGAGCAGCCUUGCCGGUGCUGGAGAACCACUCGAGCCGGUCGUUGUCGUUGGAAGGCGCAACAGUUUGCCACCGGCACCGCCAAUCUUCAAGCCUAUCGUCCCGUCGAAGCUGAACGCUUUGGCGACGCGCAACGGCGGCCAGCUGCAUCUUCACACACAGAACGGCAACGGCAUGACCAACGAUCGUCCUGUUGAACUGUCGAAGCGAACCACCGAAGCGAGGGAGUCGCUGAAAAAGGCCCAAAUUGUGUGCUUCGAUGUUGAUUCGACCAUCAUCACCGAGGAAGGAAUCGAUGAGCUGGCACAGUUCUGCGGUAAAGGCAGUGAGGUGGCUGCACUGACGAAGGAAGCGAUGGGAGGUAGCAUGACGUUUCAGGAAGCGCUGAAACGCCGCCUGGACAUCAUCAAACCGUCGCAGAGACAGAUCCGCGAGUUUCUCAAAACGCACCCAUCGACCAUUUCGGCCGGAGUGAAGGAGCUGAUCGAGCAGCUGCGCAAGAAUAAUGCCGAGGUGUUUCUGAUCAGCGGUGGUUUCGAUUGUCUGAUCGAACCGGUUGCGGACGCGUUGCAGAUUCCGCUGUGCAAUCUGUACGCGAACAGAUUGUUCUUUAACUACAAUGGCAGCUACGCUGGGUUCGAUACGGCUCAGCCCACUUCGCGAUCGGGCGGCAAAGGUGAAGCCAUCAAGAUGAUCCGCAGUGUGAUGGCCGGUGGAGCUGGCGCGGGAUCGGAAAAGGUGGUCGCUAUGAUCGGUGACGGUAUGACUGAUUUGGAGGCUUGUCCACCGGCGAACAUGUUCAUUGGUUAUGGUGGUAAUGCCGUCCGGGAAGAAGUGCAGAAACGAGCGACCUACUACGUGACCAACUUUGCCGAUUUGCUCUGGUGA